UACAUUCUGAUGUGUAUAUAUACAGUACAGUGUACAUAUACACAGAACCAGGCAUCAGAGCCGUGUGGACACAGACUCUAUUAAAAAUUAGAUGCAUUUGUGGCUCGGAGUCCAGAUAUUGCCAUGGCCGCGCUUUGUGGUAUUCUGACCUUCCGUCAUGACUGCGUUGGCACAAUUCUAUGUCGUCUACAAGAACAACCGGCGCUUUUACUUCCCAGGACAAGCUCUUUGUGGCCAUCUUUAUCUGGAAGUAGUCGAACCCCUGGCAGCGACGAAGAUAGAUGUUGUCGUUCGAGGGAUGGCAAAAGUACGCUGGUCCGAACAAGCUGGCCAGAAUCGAGUGAAAUACAAAAACAUGGAGACUCUAGUUGACGAUACUGUCACAGUUUGGAGCAAAACAGAGAAUACACCGCACCUCCAAGCUGGAGAGCAUUCCUUUCCAUUUAGUUUCAACUUGCCCGCUGGCCUGCCAUCCUCAUUUGAGCUGUUUGGAGUGGGAGUAACGUUUAUUCGCUACUGGGUAAUGGCUACUGUGGAUUUAGACCCUACAGGUCGUGUCAAGUAUAAACGGCCUUUCACUGUGAUUCAGCACAUCGACGUCAAUGAUCCUGUGCUUUCUAUACCAAUGCGCAGUGAAAACGACAAGACACUCUGUUGUCUCUGUUGCAAAUCCGGGCCUCUGAGUUUGAGUGCCAGUAUUGACAGGACGGGAUACUGCCCUGGGGACACGAUUCGGGUGUCUGCAUUGGCUGAAAAUUUGACUAGGAGAGUGAUGACUGGCAUUCGAGCGCAGUUGAUCUCUUUUACAAUACGGAAAGAAAAUGGUUCUGCUACGCGAGCUGGUGAUGGUGGUGUAAGAAUAUUAUUGAGUGAAGUGAUGGGUGACCCUAUUGAGGUUGGUGCAUCGGACAAGUGGGAGAAUAGACCAAUGACGAUUCCGGCAUGUUCACCGUCGAUCGAGGGAUGCAGCUUCAUUAGACAUUUGCACUAUGUACAAGUGUGUGUGGUCGUAGCGAGAGGUUUGAAUCUCAGGGUUCACUUUCCCAUCAUAUUGGGCACAAUUCCACUUUGCGAGACAGUGCAACAUGUCGAUCAGCAUGCAAUGUAUGUUGACAACAAGGCAAUAGGUGUGUUUGCUCUUCCACAGCCGAUGUCUUUACCUGAAGCAACGUUUGUUCUUCCUGUAACUUGUCCACUGGUAGAGGCAGAUGCAACUAGAUUUACAGUUAAUAUUGCUGAAGAUGACGAUGAUGGUACCAUGGGUGACUUGAAUUACUGUCCUGUAGUUCCUUAUUCAAAAGCUAGGCCACUCAACAGGUGAUGUUUUUAGUUGUUGUCUGAUGAACUAGAAGAGACAAAAAUUUUUUUAUUAGAGUAUUAUAGAAGCCUUUAAUGACUAGACAUAUACUGUAGUAAUGGUGAUAA